CGUCACCGCCCGCCUAGGUCCGGCCUGAGUUCGGGGUUAGCCGCCCUCGUCUAGCGUCGCGUCCUGCUGUGUGCAGCCCCGGGCCGGCGUCACGGCGGACUCCGCGGCCAAGGCAGAGCCAAAGUGGGCGCGAUGAAGGCACUGAUCUUGGUGGGCGGCUAUGGGACGCGUCUGCGUCCGCUGACGCUGAGCAUCCCGAAGCCAUUGGUGGAUUUCUGCAAUAAGCCCAUCUUGCUGCACCAAGUGGAGGCGCUGGCCGCGGCAGGCGUGGACCACGUGAUUCUGGCCGUGAGCUACAUGUCUCAGGUGCUGGAGAAGGAAAUGAAGGCGCAGGAACAGAGGCUGGGAAUUCGAAUCUCUAUGUCCCAUGAAGAAGAGCCUCUGGGGACAGCUGGGCCCCUGGCACUUGCCCGUGACCUGCUCUCUGAGACUGCGGACCCUUUUUUCGUCCUCAACAGUGAUGUGAUCUGCGAUUUCCCUUUCCAAGCCAUGGUGCAGUUCCACCGGCACCACGGCCAGGAGGGCUCCAUCCUGGUGACCAAAGUGGAGGAACCCUCUAAGUAUGGUGUGGUGGUAUGUGAGGCUGACACAGGCCGCAUUCACCGGUUCGUGGAGAAGCCACAGGUGUUUGUGUCCAACAAGAUCAACGCAGGAAUGUACAUCCUGAACCCUGCAGUGCUGCAGCGCAUCCAGCUGCAGCCUACAUCCAUUGAGAAGGAGAUCUUCCCUGUCAUGGCCAAGGAGGGGCAGCUAUAUGCCAUGGAGCUGCAGGGCUUCUGGAUGGACAUAGGGCAGCCCAAGGAUUUCCUCACCGGCAUGUGCCUCUUCCUACAGUCCCUGCGACAGAAGCAGCCUGAGCAACUAUGCUCAGGCCCUGGCAUUGUGGGCAACGUGCUGGUGGACCCAAGUGCCCGCAUCGGCCAGAACUGUAGCAUCGGCCCCAACGUGAGCCUGGGUCCUGGUGUGGUGGUGGAGGAUGGCGUGUGCAUCCGGCGGUGCACAGUGCUUCGAGAUGCUCACAUUCGAUCCCACUCCUGGCUCGAGUCCUGCAUUGUGGGCUGGCGCUGCCGCGUGGGCCAGUGGGUGCGCAUGGAGAACGUGACGGUCCUGGGUGAAGAUGUCAUCGUUAAUGACGAGCUCUACCUCAACGGUGCCAGCGUGCUGCCCCACAAGUCUAUCGGCGAGUCGGUGCCAGAGCCUCGCAUCAUCAUGUGAGGGGAUGCCACGGGGCUGGCCGAGUCCCCAGUUCCCCAUUGGCAGGGGGAGCCUUGGUGACACAUCAGAAGGCCCUGGACUCGCCGUUUAUCUGGGAGGACUAGACGAGGCUGAAGCGGUUGGACACCUGCCCUCUCCUGUGGACAUAAUCUGGCAGGAUCCUUGCUGGGCAUACCCCACAAAGCCCACUCCCUCAAGAAGGGCCGGGCCAGGGCUGUAUGGAAUAAUAAUUUAAUGCUCACUGUG